AUGGGUGAUCGCGCUGUGGUGAGUUUGCACGUCGGCCACUAUGCCAACCAUGUGGGCGCACAUUUCUGGAACAUCCAAGAGGCUAAUUUUGUGUACGAAGGGCAAUCCGAGAUCUGUCAUGAUGUUCUCUUUCGUGAAGGUCAGACCUUAACUAGACAAUUGACUUUUACUCCGCGAGUAGUGAACGUGGAUCUGAAGGGAGCCCUGGGAUCUCUACCCGAGUUUGGGGAUCUCUACGAUGAUCUGGAAGUGCCUAAAAGCGAAAAUUUAUUGUGGCAGGGUGCCACUGUGGUUCAAAAGGAAGAACCUUUGAAGAAGAAUUCUUACCAGUUGGAGUUGGAUAGUGUCGACAACUCGAUUCAAUCUCGUAGUGAGUCGGAGAAAGACCGAUGCGAAUCGGGUGGAUCCCAAGACACGAGUUUGAUCUACAACUUGGAUGAUCAAAUUCAUACGUGGUCGGAUUAUCUCCAUGGGCGUUUCCACCCGAAGUCCAACGCUUUGCUCCAAGAGUAUCAACACAAAAACACGCUCAAGCCAUUCGACGUCUUUGGUUUGGGAGUGGAGACCUGGAAAUCGGAUUUGGGGGAAGAAGUCGAGGACCGCAUUCGAUUUUUCGUCGAGGACGCGGAUUCUGUCCAAGGCUUUCAGCUCUUACUCGACGACUUCAAUGGGUUUGGGGGAGUUGGAUCCGGGGUGAUUGAUCUAUUGUCCGAUGAAUACGGGAACAAAACGGCUCUAACCUUUCCCACUUCACCUUGUGCAUAUGACGAAUACUCCGGAAUCCUCGGAUCAACCAGGCUUUUGAAUACGUUACUGAAUCUGAACGCCCAGCUUGAAGGUUCGACUUUAGUCACUCCCCUGACAUUGGCCAAGGAUACCUUCGUUCUACCCGGUGGUCAUCGACCUGUGCCAUGGGUCCAAUACAAACCCAAUUCAAUGUACCACAGCUCUGCAAUCUUGGGUUCUGCCUUGGAUUCAAUGACUCUUCCUUGGAGAAUGAAUGAAAGGAGGGCCAGACAAACGCGGAUCUACGAUCUGGCUAAUGGGUUAAAUGGAGGAGGGAGAAAGUUAGGGACGGCCAAUAUGCAAUUUCCAUGGAUUUUGGAUGAUGACCACUUCUUAGUCGACGCGCUCAACUCGGAUAUUGACUUUGUGCCUCUGAUGCCCGGCGUUAAAAAUGACAAAAUUAACAUCAUUGCCCAAUCCGUGACCUGCAGAGGAUUCAAAAUCAACUCAUUGAAGCCAACUGAUUUCAAUAAGGUUCAGAAGUUUGCCAGCCAUCCUUUCCAUGGUUGCUCUUCAUUAGAGGAAGCUCUGGAGCGACAUUUCGGCCAACGCAAUCCCAGAUCUGUUAACGCGGUGCAUUCUUAUGAUACCGGAGUUCCAGUUUCCAAGCCCUUUCCCGACUUUUUUGAUCCACGCAUCGGAAAGGAUAGCCGUCUUGUCCAAGGAUCAAAUGUUGCUCAUCGAAAACUGAAUUCUGUUCCGUCGUUGGUGACUUGGAGCUCUUCGGAUGGAUCCCAUGAUUACCUAGAAAGUAUUUGCGACCGAGCGGCCAAGGUCAAUCUGAACAAACUUCAUCGGUUCCGCGAGUCGGGAACGGAAGAUGCAGAUGUGGAGGAAGCUGUGGAAAAGGUUCGAGCCCAAAGGGACAAUUACACUGGUCAACACUAACUUGAAUGAAUAAAUCGGUUUUACCAAUUUUGA